GAAAACAAAAGGGAAGGUCUUUACUUUGAAAAACUCUUUAAUUCAAAAGCUCCACAACAACACAACAUAUUGCAUAUUUUUCAAUUCAUUUUCUCUCUUUCUUCUUGUCUUUUCUAUGCCUUCCUUUUCUUUACCAGCUCCCUCCUUCAAUUUUCCUCUCCAAAACCCUAGAUUUGAAAUAAUCUAGGGCUUUCUUUUUUUCUCAAGGUGCUAUAAAUUCUUAAGUUGGUGUAACUGUCCUGUUUCUUUUAUUCUCCUUCACAUUUGAUUUCAUUAUUAAAUGGUGAAAGUGGAAAAUCUUGCUUUUUAACUUCAUUUUUACUCUUUUGCUAGUUGGGUUUUUGUUGGAUUUCUCGUUGGGUUGUUUCGAUUCUCUCUCCAUAGACAAAAACCCCUGUAAAACCCAUGUUCUGAAAUUCUUUUGUGUUGAUAUUUUAAUGAUUUGGGGUUAAGGCUUUUCAUUUUAUCGUCUUUUCUCAGUCUUUUCCAAACUAAAAAUUUGAGAUUUUUGUUUUCUCAGCAUUUCCCCUGGUAAGAGAAAAACCCUCGCAAAACCCCUUUCAUCAACUGUCUUUUUUGGCUCUGUCCUUCGUCUAAUCCCCAAAAUAUUUGAUUUAGUUAGAAGUUAGGGUUAAAAGUUCCCAAAGAUACUAGCUUUAGCUAACCAAGGGAGGUAGGAAUUAACUAGAAAGAAAAAGGUGAUCUUUUCGCUAUUGUGAUCUUGCAUUACUGCUCUUAGUAAAUGCAUGGAUGGAAGAGAAGCAAUGGCAUUAGCUAGUGGGUCAACACCAUAUUACAUUCAUAGAGGAGGUGGGGUUGGUGGGUCUGGGUCUGGAUCGCAAGCUGGUGGAUUUCAUUCUCCACCAGGGUUCAGACCCUUGGCAAACCCAAAUCUACUAGCUCAUUCCAAUACCAGACCAGGUUCAUCUGGGUCAUCAUUUUCAAUAGAGCCGUCAAAUAUCAAUUUUGUUCAUGGCAUGAACGUAGCUGUGCCCUCUGGGCUGCCUGUGGGUGAACCAGUGAAGAAGAAAAGAGGGAGACCCCGGAAAUAUGCCCCGGAUGGGCAGGUUUCUCUGGGUUUGUCUCCAUUGCCAGUAAAACCUAAGCCCUCUUCAGGGCAGGAUCCAUUGAGCCCUAAACGGGCUAGAGGUAGGCCACCUGGAACUGGGAGAAAGCAGCAAUUGGCUCUUCUUGGUGAGUGGAUGAAUAGUUCUGCUGGAAUAGCUUUUUCACCACAUGUCAUCCGCAUUGGAGUUGGAGAGGAUAUUGUUGCAAAAGUACUAUCAUUUGCCCAACAAAGGCCGAGGGCACUUUGCAUCUUGUCUGGAACUGGUACAGUUUCUUCUGUAACACUACGUCAGCCAGCAUCUUCAGGGCCCACUCUUACAUUUGAGGGCCGUUUUGAGAUAUUAUGCUUGUCUGGUUCUUAUUUGGUUGCUGAAGAUGGUGGCCCUCGGAAUCGCACUGGUGGUAUUAGUGCUUCUCUUUCCAGUCCUGACGGUCAUGUCAUCGGAGGAGCAAUUGGAAUGCUUAUUGCAGCUGGUCCAGUCCAGGUGGUGGCAUGUAGCUUUGUACAUGGAGCUUCUAAAGUUAAGGACAAACCAGUUGGCCGUCCCAAAAUUAAUAAGGAAUCUGCAUCCCAUUCUGGUGAUAAAUCGGUUACCCCAAAACCAACUCUGCCUACAAAUGUACCGCAAAGUUUCACUCCCUCCCCGAUGCACGUUUGGCCCAUUUCACGGUCAGUUGACCUGAGAAACCCUCACAGCGACAUUGACUUGAUGCGAGGAUAACUGCUGCAACAGACACAUGGCAAUUUUUGUACAUAUGUGUUGUUGUAUAUGUACUGAAUCUAUGAUAGUUUUAAACAUUUUCAAGUUCCACCUGCUGCUAGGGGUUCCUGUCCAAUGUGUUUGUGCUAACUUAGUCUGUAACAAUCAUCAUUUUUAAGUUACAAUGGAAACUUGUGAAAAGAUUUUCUUGUAGUCUGGAGGACAAAUCUGUCAGUAGAAAAAGUAUAAUCACUAUUCCAGGCUAUUGCCUGUCAUUCUUUGGA